AUGUUCCCUCCAGGUCUGCUAAAAGCCUGCUUCCUCAGCAGCGCAUUGCUGCUAGCCACAGCCACAGCGACCUCCGGCCUAGCCCAAGAACCAAUCUCCAACCUCCUCCCCCAACAAGACCGAAUCACCACCUCCAACGACUCCUCAAACUGCCGCUGCAUCCCAGGCGACGCCUGCUGGCCCUCCCCCACAGAAUGGUCUCGCUUCAACCAGACCGUAGGCGGCCGACUAAUCGCCACCGUCCCCCUCGGGUCCGUUUGCUACUCGAGCGAUGAACGGUACGACAAAGCCAAGUGCGCCCAGCUGCGCUCGGACUGGCACCUCACUGCUACGCACUACCGCGACUCAGCGAGCGUGAUGAACCAGUUUUUUGCGCACGGUCCUGGUCCUGACGGAGGGCAGUGUGAUCCGUUUGAUGGUGAUUCUUCUCCAUCUGGGCAGGAGAGGAACCACGAAAAAUGCAGCAUCGGAUCCCUCGUCACCUACUCCCUCAACGCCUCCUCCGCCUCCUCCGCCUCCGCCGCCACCGACUUCAUCUCCACCCUCUCCUUCGCCCACCAGCACAACAUCCGGCUAGUAAUCCGCAACACCGGACACGAUUACCUCGGUAAAUCCACCGGCGCCGGUAGCCUGGCGCUAUGGACGCAUUAUCUCAAGGACAUUGACUUCUUCGAUUUCGAUAACACCCACGAAGCCGAACAGCAAGGAAGUGUUGCCUACAAGGGCAAAGCAGCAAAGUUGGCAGCCGGCGUGCAAGUCUCCGAAGCCUUUGCUGCCGCCAAAGCCCACGGCCUGGUUCUACACGGCGGUAACUGCGAGAGCGUCGGCGUGGUAGGCGGGUACACCCAGGGAGGCGGGCACUCGGUGCUGUCGUCUGCGAUUGGGUUGGGGGCGGAUCAAGUCCUUGAGUGGGAGGUUGUUAUCCCCCCCUCCUCUGCCACUGGGCACCCCGAGCCCCGGCUGGUAAAAGCCACGCCGUUCAACGAGCACGCGGAUCUCUACUGGGCGCUGUCUGGCGGCGGGGGAGGAACUUUCGGAGCGGUUGUGUCCGUUACUGUUAAGGCGUGGGAAGAUUUUGAGACGGCUGGGGCUAUGUUGAUGUUUAGUGCCAAUAGCCUGGAAGAUAGGGGGAUCUUUGUUAAGGGCGUGCAGGCUUGGUUGGAGGGGUUGCCGGGGAUUGUGGAUAUUGGGGCUGGGGCUAUUUGGUUCUUGCUGAAGGAUGUGUUGGCUGUGUCGCCGGUUCUGGCGCCGGGGGUGAAGGCGAAAGAGUUGGAAGAGGCGUUUAAGCCGGUUAUGGAGAAGCUUGAUGGGUUGGGGAUUCCGUAUGCUUCAUCGUUCACUGACUUCCCAUCCUUUCACGAUGCCGUUGCGGCCAUGGUCGCUCAACAGAACGUCACCGACGCCAAUAUGGGUGGACGUUUGAUCCCUCGAUCCUUGGUAACGGAAAAGGAGGGCGCCGAGAAGCUGACGGAAGCGUUGGACGCCAUCGCCAGUGCGGACGGUACUGUGGCUGGUAUUUCGGUCAACAUCGAGAGGGGGCGGAAGUUGUCAAAGGCGUAUCCCAACUCAGUCAACCCGUUGUUCGAGUCGGCGAUUCAGAUUGGCGUGUUUGGACUUCCAUACAACCACCUCAACUUCUCCGCCAACAUCGACGCCCAGGACAAGAUCACCAACGUUUUCGGCGCCGCUCUUGAGAAAGUCACUCCUGGUGGCGGCGCUUAUCUCAACGAAGGCGAUCCGCAUCAGCCGGACUGGCAGACCACCUUCUACGGAGAGAACUAUGAGAGGCUGCUUGCCAUCAAGAACAAGUACGAUCCGGAAGGGUUGCUGUACGCGUUGACAGCGGUGGGAAGUGAGAAGUGGGUGCAGAAGGAGGAUGGGAGACUUUGUCGGGCUUAG